AGAGUCCAGCUCUGACCCCAGUGGCCCCCUGGGUGACCUCCCUCUCCACUUACACAUCAUCUGCAGGGUGAUUACUUUCAGAUUCACAUCUGGACACACCUCUCAACCUCUGGGGGCCUCAGCAUGUCCACCGGCAGGGUUGAGUGGGAGGGGGGAGGGAGACAGGAUGAGUUCUCAGACAACACCCACCACCCACCGGCCACGUCCUGUGGAGGCCAAGUUCCCCUCCAGCCUGGCCACAGUCUCUCCCUCAGGGCUUCCUGUUGAGGCAUCAUAGCCCUCAUCACAGAGCUGGGCACUUACCUCCCUGACACAGGGACCUGGACCUGCUCCGCCCUGCCAGAGGCAGACAUGGUGCCCCUGCUGCUGCUGCCCCUGCUGUGGGGGGGGUCCCUGCAGCAGCUGCCAGGCUAUGAGCUCCAAGUGCAGGAAUCGGUGACAGUGUUUGAGGGUCUGUGUGUCCACGUGCCCUGCUCCUUCUCCUACCCGAGGAGUUCGUGGUCUUCCUCUAGCAAAUUCUAUACCUACUGGUACCGGGACGGGGACAACACAGCCUAUGAUGCUCCUGUGGCCUCGAGCAACUAUAAUAAACCAGUGAAGAGAGAGACCAAAGUCCGAUUUCUCCUCCCGGACCCCAGGACCAACGACUGUUCCCUGCACAUCAGAGACGCCAGGAGGAGUGACACAGGACGCUACUUCUUCCGAGUGGAGAUAGAAUAUCCUGAAUAUAAUUACCAAGGACAUUUCCAAGGAUAUAAGUCCCAAGGAUAUAGUUACCAAGAUAAAAUGUUGGAUUUGCAGGUGGCAGAGAAACCGCACAUCCGUAUUCGGGAGCCGUUGGAGUCCGGCCGCCCCACACUUCUCACCUGCAGCCUGCCAGGGGCCUGCGAAGGGGGCCGACCUCUCAGCUUCUCCUGGGCGGGAGCCGCUGUGGACUCGCUGGACCCCCAGACGCUCCGCUCCUCAGUGCUCACCUUCACCCCGAGGCCCCGGGACCAUGGCACCAACCUCACCUGUCAGGUGAAACGGGAAUGGCCUCAGUUGACCACACAGAGAACCAUCCGACUCAAUGUCUCCUUUGCCCCUCAGAACCUCACCAUAGGCAUCUCCUUCAGAAACGACCCAGCCUUCAAGAAUCUACAAACCACAUCCCUUCUCAUUCUGGAGGGAGAGGCCCUGAGGCUUCGCUGUGAGGCUGACAGCAACCCCCCUGCCGAGCUGAGCUGGUUCCGGGGGUCCCCAGGCCUGAACGCCACCCCCCUCUCCAGCACCGCGAUCCUGGAGCUGCCUGGCGUGGGGCCUGCACAGGAAGGAGAGUUCACCUGCCAAGCUCAGCAUCCGCUGGGCUCCCAAAGUGUCUCUCUCAACCUCUCCAUGUUCUGCAGCCCACACUCCAGCAGAUGUGUGACCGAGGAGCAGCAGGGCUCCUGGCCCCUGGUCCUCACCCUGAUCAGAGGGGCCCUCAUGGGGGCUGGCUUCGUCCUCACCUAUGUCCUCACCUGGCUCUACUACACCAGGAUGGGACUGAGGAGUGGAGACCAGGCUACAGGGACCGUCCUGGGACGUCAAUGUCACCUUCUCCCUGGAAGCUCUUGACUCACCUGACCCCAAUGUGCCCCUGGGGUUUCAGUCUGUGGAAGUGACUGAGUGAUACCAAUGGGAGUUAAUGCCAUGGAGAGAAGACUUUUACUCCUUUCACCUCCUGAGAGGAGGGGCCGCUGUGCCGGCGGAAUCCCUGGAUUUCCUCUGGAAGCAGAUGCAGGUGCAGGGCCGCCUAGUGAAAGCCUUUAUUUGGCUUCCCAUGGGAAACGCAAGGCAGGGCAGGGUGAGCAGUUCAGGACCAGCUGGUGUGUGUCAGUCUGGGGG